AUGGGAAAGCUGAAGCACUUUGAGAUUAUAUUCCAUUCCGAAAAUGACGUUUACUAUCCGGGUGAUGUGGUGCGCGGCAAGGUGCAGCUUGAGCUGAGGAAUGAGCUCAAAAUUCGCACCGUCAAGGUGUCCAUGAGAGGAGUAGCUCGGGUGCACUGGACUGAAGCACAAAACUCCACCAGCAAUCUGGCCAUCUACACAGAACACAUUAACUCUGAACUGGAGUACUUUUUUGAGAAGAAGACACUUUUCGAUUCCGACAGCAGUGCCUGCCAGAGCGACGUUUUUGGCAAAGGCAGACACGACUUUGAGUUUUCCUUUCAAUUGCCCACCAGCGGUCUGACGACGUCCUUUGAAGGCAAGUACGGCAACGUACGGUACUGGGUGAAGGCGGAAAUUGAGAAACCAUGGUCAUUCGACUACCGCACCAAAAAGGCCUUCACCCUCAUCAGUCCCAUCGACAUCAACCGACCCGAGUACCUGAUUCCACUGGAGAAGAGCAAAGAGAAGACUUUCUGCUGCCUGUGGUGCACCCCGGGGCACAUUUCAGUGUACGCAAAAACUGAACGGACCGGGUACUGUCCGGGCGAGUCGAUCCUCAUCAACGCCGAGUUUGAGAAUCACACCCGACGGACGGUGGUGCCCCAGGCGACACUGCACCAGACGCAACUCUUCCUCGCAGCGGGCGGGAAGGUGCGCUCUCGCAGCGCCAAGUUCACCACCGUCACCGGCGUGGCCGUCCAGCCGCACAAGACCGCCAUCUGGGACGGUCAGCUGCUAAAGAUUCCGCCCAUCUCGCCCUCCAUACUGAACUGUCGACUGAUUCGGGUGGAGUACACGAUGCGCAUCUCACUGAACAUUCCACCCGUCGGCUACAAGUGCUUCGUCGACCUGCCCAUCAUCGUGGGCACUGUUCCCUUCCACCGCACCUCUUCUUCCUCACUAUCAUCCACCUCCAUCUCAUCUGGCGGCCACUCCGCCACCUCCCCACUGAUUGCCUCCUCUACUAGCACACCACUUUCAUUAGGUGCAGUCAGUCGUACUGGACAGCAACGACCUUACCUCAGUCAACAGCUUCGCUCACUGACGACGACAGCAGCAGUGGAUGGCAGGUCACCGACAGCGGCGGGCGAUGAUCGAGCGAGAUCAAAUGCAACGCCUCCACCGACAUAUGCCGAGUGCAUAAAUGGCUCAGUUGACAUUGACGACGAGGACGAAGAAAUCAUCGGCAACACUCGCUUCACUCCAAGGUAUACCUAUGUAAAUAAUAGAAACUUUUGUCCACCACCAGCGUACUCUGAGGUUGAUCCUUACCCUGAAUCAUCACGCUCAAAUACGCAAACUUGA